AUGUCAAUCAAAUGCAUCAUACUUUUCUAUAGAAUUGUUACCACUUAUUUCAUUGGUGAUGCAUCAGAAAAGUAUACUCUUUCGAUAUCAUCCGCUCUAGCGGGUAAUCUUUCCGAGCGUACUACAACUGAUCGAUUUCAUUAUAUGAAUAAUGGCAAAUCAUUUACAACUAUUGAUCAGGAUAAUGAUAAAUUUCAGGGUAAUUGUGCCCAAUUUCGUGAUUUUGGAGGUUGGUGGCAUAAUGAUUGUGGCUAUGUUGCAUUAAAUGGACGAUACGGUGAUCGAACAUCAAAAAUGCGAAAUAUGUUUUGGUUUUAUGGUAGUGGUACACGUCCAUUUAUUAAUUACUAUAUUAAACCACGAGAAAGCGAAAUGAAACUACGAUCGAAAAGUUGA